CGCCUUGUUGAAAUUGUAACUUAUAGCUGCCAGUUAUCCUUUAAGUCGGAUCUUCGAACAUAGUUUACUGGACUACUUUUGAUAGAUUAAGACAUUUUAUUGAUUGCUGUUGUUAGAUAAGGACAGAUCUGUUCGAAUUUUUCAGGCCGAAAGCGGAUAAAAUGAAACGGUUUCUGUCAAAAUGGCAUUCUGUGAGACCAAACUUCUUAGAUACACUUCGAGAAAAUGGUGUAAACACAGUGGCUGAAUUUAUGUGUUGUGACAUUGAGAGACUAGCUCAGAGAGUCUCAGUUUCAACAGAGGAUCUGUCAUCCCUUCAAGCCACAAUCACCACUCAAACAGCUGCAUUCACAAUGAAUGGCAGUGAUUUAUAUGAGGAAAUGGUGUCAAGAUUUCACAUCCUUUCAACUGGUUGUGAUAAUUUAGAUGAGCUCCUUGAUGGAGGUCUGUACACAGGAGAACUGACAGAAAUUGUUGGAGCUGCUGGUGUCGGCAAGUCUCAGGUAAUGUUCAACACAGAACCUGAUACCUGUCCUUAAACAGAAAAGGGUGUUGUUCACAUUUACAAUUAU